AUGUUCUUGACACGCUCCGAAUACGAUCGCGGAGUCAAUACAUUCUCCCCAGAGGGUCGAUUAUUCCAAGUCGAAUAUGCAAUCGAGGCUAUUAAACUCGGUUCUACCACGGUCGGAAUCAAGACUCCCGAAGGUGUCGUACUGGGCGUAGAGAAACGCGUCCAAUCGUCCCUGCUUGAAGCGUCUUCUAUCGAGAAGAUUAUGGAGAUCGACACGCAUUUGGGAUGUGCUAUGUCUGGGUUGACCGCCGAUGCACGAACAAUGAUUGACCACGCUCGAUUGACGUCUCAAAACCACCGGUUCACAUACGACGAACCGAUCAAGGUUGAGUCUGUGACUCAAGCGGUGUGCGAUUUGGCAUUGAGGUUUGGUGAGAGUAUGGAUAAUGAGGAUGCAAUGAUGUCUCGACCAUUUGGUGUCGCGCUAUUGAUCGCUGGUAUUGAUGAACUUGGACCUCAACUUUAUCACACGGAUCCAUCCGGUACGUUUGUGAGAUACGAGGCAAAGGCGAUUGGGAGUGGGUCCGAAGCCGCACAGACCGAGUUGCAGGACAAAUACCACAAGCAAAUGACUCUUCUUGAGGCCCGUCACUUGACUCUGAAGAUUCUGAAGCAAGUCAUGGAGGAGAAGCUGGAUCAUCAUAAUGUCCAGAUUGCUCAGGUUACUCGGGAGAAUGGCUUUGAGAUUAUCCCCGACUCACAGCUUCAAGAAAUCAUCGAGGCGUUGGCAAGGGAAGCUUCAUGA